CAUGCGCAGUACCACACCGGCGUCUCCUCCUCACUCACGCCAUGGAGUCUUACGAUAUCAUCGCAAACCAGCCGGUUGUCAUCGAUAACGGGUCUGGUGUCAUAAAGGCUGGUUUUGCAGGGGACCAGAUUCCAAAGUACUGCUUUCCAAAUUAUGUUGGACGGCCAAAGCAUGUGCGUGUCAUGGCAGGUGCCCUGGAAGGGGAUCUUUUUAUUGGUCCGAAGGCCGAGGAGCACAGGGGCUUGCUAACAAUCCGUUACCCAAUGGAGCAUGGCAUAGUGAAGGACUGGAAUGAUAUGGAGCGCAUCUGGCAGUAUGUUUAUUCUAAGGACCAGCUUCAGACUUUCUCUGAAGAGCACCCAGUGCUGCUGACAGAAGCCCCCCUAAAUCCACGGAAGAAUCGUGAACGGGCUGCAGAGGUCUUCUUUGAAACCUUCAAUGUUCCCGCGCUCUUCAUCUCAAUGCAGGCAGUGCUCAGUCUGUACGCCACUGGCCGGACGACAGGGGUGGUCCUGGACUCGGGGGACGGUGUGACCCACGCAGUGCCCAUUUAUGAGGGCUUUGCCAUGCCCCACUCCAUCAUGAGGAUCGAUAUUGCCGGGCGCGAUGUCUCCCGCUACCUGCGUCUCUAUCUGCGCAAGGAGGGCUACGACUUCCACACCUCCUCCGAGUUUGAGAUUGUAAAAACCAUCAAAGAGCGUGCCUGUUUCCUCUCCAUCAACCCCCAGAAGGAUGAAGCAUUGGACACAGAGAAAGUGCAGUAUACACUGCCAGACGGCAGCACCAUUGAGAUCGGCCCGGCCCGGUUCCGUGCCCCUGAGCUGCUGUUCAGACCAGACCUGGUGGGAGAGGAGUGUGAGGGCAUCCAUGAGGUGCUGGUCUUUGCCAUCCAGAAAUCCGACCUGGACCUGCGGAGAACACUCUUCUCAAACAUUGUAUUGUCAGGGGGCUCCACGCUGUUCAGGGGAUUUGGAGAUCGACUGUUGAGCGAAGUGAAGAAGCUGGCUCCAAAAGAUGUAAAAAUUAAAAUCUCUGCUCCUCAGGAGAGGUUAUAUUCUACCUGGAUUGGCGGCUCCAUUCUGGCCUCCCUGGACACCUUUAAGAAAAUGUGGGUCUCUAAGAAGGAGUAUGAAGAAGACGGUGCCAGAGCCAUCCACAGGAAAACCUUCUAACGACCACUGGAGGGCGCCGUGGCCUGCUCUGAACUGAUCCACUGCAGUGAGGAGCGCGCUGGUGUGGGUGAGAGGGGCAGGGGAGCUGAGAGCAGAGAGGAGGAGGGUGGAAAACAAGCAAGCAAACAAACAAACAAACACAGGGAUUAUUUGGUGUAGGCCCUCUCCCCCAUUCCCAUUCCCUGUCCUGACUGAAGGACUUGCUUGUGGCUCUGUGUCAGCCUUUCCAGCCCCUCUCCCCCAUUCCCAUUCCCUGACUGAAGGACUUGCUUCUGGCUCUGCGUCAGCCUUUCCAGCCGCUCUCCCCCAUUCCCAUUCCCUGACUGAAGGACUUGCUUCUGGCUCUGCGUCAGCCUUUCCAGCUGCUCUCCUCCAUUCUCAUUCUGUCCUGAUGGAAGGACUUGCUUCUGGCUCUACAUCAGCCUUUCCAGCUGCUCUCCCCCAUUCUCAUUCUGUCCUGAUGGAAGGACUUGCUUCUGGCUCUACAUCAGCCUUUCCAGCCCCUUCAAGAUCUUGUUACUGCUGCUGUUUUUAUUGUGUCUUUAGUGUUGAACUGAGCUGAGCAGCGGGAGACAGGAAUGAGUUAGAAGUGUGUCUUUGAAGAUGCUCUGCUACCAAAUUACUGACUUAUUUUAACCAUUUGUCAUACAGCAUACCACCAAUGUACCUGUGUGUGUGUACAUAGACAGCGUACCACCAAUGCACCUGUGUGUGUACAGACAGCGUACCACCAACGCACCUGUGUGUGUACAUAGACAGCAUAGCACCAAUGCACCUGUGUGUGUACAUAGACAGCGUACCACCAAUGCACCUGUGUGUGUACAGACAGCGUACCACCAACGCACCUGUGUGUGUACAUAGACAGCGUACCACCAAUGCACCUGUGUGUGUACAGACAGCGUACCACCAACGCACCUGUGUGUGUACAUAGACAGCAUAGCACCAACGCACCUGUGUGUGUACAUAGACAGCGUACCACCAAUGCACCUGUGUGUGUACAGACAGCGUACCACCAACGCACCUGUGUGUGUACAUAGACAGCAUAGCACCAAUGCACCUGUGUGUGUACAUAGACAGCGUACCACCAAUGCACCUGUGUGUGUACAGACAGCGUACCACCAACGCACCUGUGUGUGUACAUAGACAGCGUACCACCAAUGCACCUGUGUGUGUACAGACAGCGUACCACCAACGCACCUGUGUGUGUACAUAGACAGCAUAGCACCAACGCACCUGUGUGUGUACAUAGACAGCGUACCACCAAUGCACCUGUGUGUGUACAGACAGCGUACCACCAACGCACCUGUGUGUGUACAGACAGCGUACCACCAACGCACCUGUGUGUGUACAUAGACAGCAUAGCACCAACGCACCUGUGUGUGUACAUAGACAGCGUACCACCAAUGCACCUGUGUGUGUACAGACAGCGUACCACCAACGCACCUGUGUGUGUACAUAGACAGCAUAGCACCAACGCACCUGUGUGUGUACAUAGACAGCGUACCACCAAUGCACCUGUGUGUGUACAGACAGCGUACCACCAACGCACCUGUGUGUGUACAUAGACAGCAUAGCACCAACGCACCUGUGUGUGUACAUAGACAGCGUACCACCAACGCACCUGUGUGUGUACAUAGACAGCAUAGCACCAACGCACCUGUGUGUGUACAUAGACAGCGUACCACCAACGCACCUGUGUGUGUACAGACAGCGUACCACCAACGCACCUGUGUGUGUAUGUACAUAUGGAGUGUAUGUACAUUUCAUAUAAAAACACUUUUAGAAAAUGUUUUGGUAAAGUCUAGCCAUUUUGUUUAGCUAUUCUGGACAGAUCCAAAUGAUACACGAUCCCCAUUCUGUAUCCACUUGCUUAGUAAAUAUUAAACUGGAAUAUCAGACUGUAGUGCUCAUCAGUUAUCAUGGGGAGUAUUGACCUCUCUGUGUCUGAUCUGUAUCCCAUUGGAAUAUUAUUCCUGGAAUACAUUAUUCACUUUUUUCUACUUAUAUACUUUUAAGCAUUGAAUGUAGACAUUACAUAGCAGUGUGAGCCUUUACCAGCUUUACUCUAAUCAUAGACACACAUGAAUUAAAACCAAGACGGCCAUGCCUUCCAUUCACAGACUUGUCUCAUAUAUUGUAAUGCCUUCCGUUCAUGUGCUUGUCAUAUAUUGCGGGGCAGGCUCCCCCACAAUCUGUGCCCACUGCAGAUCUGCAGCCAGUAUGGAUUAAUCCCAUCCAAACCCCCCCCCCCCAUAUGUACUGGAGGCUGGAAACUCAAUACACCCAAGCGCCAAGGCUAGGCAAGGCUAAGGUAUCUAUUGCACUUUUUUGACAAGGACACUGAGAGUCGUGUGGCUUUCAGAUCGUGCACUGCAUGUUGACUUAUUUAUGUGUUUUUACUUUUUUUAUAAGCAACUGUAGAGAUUAAAAGAUACAGUAGUUUAUUGGCAAGCUUUUGAUGUUCUAGGUAAAUACAUUGGGAAAUUGUAUGAUAAGACAACGCAAGCACUGUCCAUAACAAGUAAUGGGUUGAACUUCACUUCAUAUCUGCACUCACAUUAGCAUGGUUUCAGCUUUGUGAAUGAUUACUGUACAACAGUAGACAGGGUUUCUGAAGGGAAACAUCUGUGUUUUACAAUACUGUCCGGUCUGUAGUGUGUGACCGAUAAUGGGGUCCUGUCUUCUUUAAUCUCUAUAUCUUUUUGAUUUGUAAGCACAAUUUGAAUAUUAUUUGUAUUAUUCCAUUGCUGCUUUAUUGUCUUGCUUUUCUGACACUAAUUCAUUUUUUACUUGUCAAUGGACCAGUAGUCCAAUAAUGUUUUGCUUUUUUUAAAAAAAUCCUCUGAAAUAAAUAUAAGACAUGCUAGGAAUGUUUUCUGUGACAAAACCUUGGUAUGUGAGUGUGGGAAUUAGUCACAUUUUUUAUGAGAUUUUGAAAGAAUGAUUGAUGGCUAUAUUUACUUUGGAAGUGUCUAAAGGGAAAAUGAUGGGUGGUAGCCAUGCUGCUUUCAGGCUCUAAUUAUUAAUGAAAUAACAAAGAUGUUCUGUAUAAGCAUACAAUGUGUAAAGAAAGCAGCCUGUUGUACAGUCCUGCUGUAAGCAUGGGAUCACAGCCAGGGCUCUGACUGACAGAUGGACGGUCUCUCUACUGAAAUUGAUGAGACAAGCAGGAGGACAAGAGUCAGCCACAAUAUUAAACGUUGUUUAUACAUGUUACUAUUAAAAAAGAUUAAAUUUAAUCUGCCAUGGUGUUUCAGAACAAAAUGUAGUCUCAACUCUUCUUACUUUAAAAAUAAAUAAAUCUGUGACCAAC